CGCUGGUCGGGUUCUGCGGCCCGUGACAACCUGCCCUCCCUCGCCUCCGUCAUGUCCAGUUUCCACCUGGCGCCGGCUACGUGUUGACGACCGUCAGAGCACCAAACCGGAGCAGCUGAGAGCUUUGAGGCCAUGAAGGAGCUGCUGUUCCUCCUGCUGGUGGUGACGGAGGCGUCCUCCAGGUCUCACAGCAGCUGGUGCAAGCGUGGCUGCGACUGUCGGGGAGAUCUGAAGUUCACCAUCUGCUCUCGGGCGCACUUCACCCAGAUGCCCGGCAGAGUCCCCCCCGACACCGAGCUCCUGGACCUGUCCGACAACCGCAUCUCCGUCAUCCCCGAGCGCUCCUUCAACAACAACCGCAAGCUCAGAUUCCUGCUGCUGCAGAACAACAACAUCAGCAUGGUGGAGAACGGCGGCUUCUCGCAGAUGGAGUUCCUGCAGAAGCUGGACCUGAGCUGGAACCGGAUCUCCACGCUCUCUGAAGGUUUCUCCGUGGGUUUGGCCCUGCUGCGUGAGCUGCAGCUCGCCCACAACCGACUCACGGGCCUGGACAGCCGCAGCUUCCUGCACCUGGACGGCCUCCAGAGGUUGAACCUGAGCAGCAACAGCAUCCGCACCAUCCAGGUGAGGUCGUUCUCCUCCAUGAGCAGCCUGCGGCAGCUCCACCUGCAGGACAACCAGCUGAGGUCUCUGCGGAGCGGCAUCUUCUCCAUGCUGCGCUCCCUGGAGCUCCUCAACCUGGCCGGGAACCAGAUCGGCGACAUUGAGGUGGCCGUCUUCAAGCCGCUCACCAGCAUGACGCUGCUCGACCUGGCCAACAACCAGAUGUCCACCAUCUACUUCAAGACGUUCCUCAGCAUCCACACCUACAGCACCCACAUCCUGCUGGUGGACAACCCGUGGCAGUGCGACUGCGACCUGCAGAGAGUUUUCUGGAAGCUGCGGAGCAUCCAGAGGCUCUUCCUGGACGACUACUACAACCUGACCUGCGAGGAGCCGGCGGUCCUCAGGGACUACCGGCUGAUAGACGUGGACACGGAGCUGUGCCUCGCCGAGACCGUCACCGUGCUCAUCAUCUCCCUCACGGUGGUGAUAACCCUGCUGGCCGCCAUGCUGAUGGGCGAGAGGAAGAGGAAGAAGGAGAAGAGGAGGAAGCACUGGACGCAGCAGGGAGAGGUUUCAGAUGAGUCGGACUACUGAGUCUUUCCUUCUCAAAUAUAUCACCAUUAAGUCUUUUUAGGCUCUUUAUUCUCACAGUAAGACGAUAUUAAACUACAGCAUUUUGACUUUCAGGCAAUAUUUCUGUUGUUUCCACAUCGUUGCUUAAAUCCCACAAAAACAUCUGCUCGUCUGAGAAGAGAUUUGAGAUUCUGCGGUUCAUUUUGUCGGAUCUCCCAUCUGCUUCACACCCAAAAAAAAACAACGCUGUCGAAGAGAUUAUCCUAAAACUACUGUUGCAUAAUAUUUUAUGGUUAGUUUAUUCAUCAACAGGUAUAUUAAUAAAAAGGGUUUAUUGCCUCUUCUUUACAUGAGUGGAUGUGGUACAAUCAGUGUGUUUUCAAUGUUCCUGAUGUGAAGUUUAGAAAACAUUAAAUUGGAUGUUGUGACAUUUUAUUGACCAAAACUUAUUAUUUAAGAAUAUUUUUCAACGUUCACAUCAACAGUU